AAGGCCGUCUUUCCAUCUUCUCUCUUUGUCCUUUAAAUUAUUGUUAACUGUCUAGCUUCUUCUCUAGCAAAUCCACCUACACCCAACUUGGAGCAUUUCAGUGUCUUAUCUCUCUUUUCAAUGGCUUUCUAUCUGAAAAAUUCAAGAAAUAUUAUCAACAACCUGAAAUCAAAGGUUGGUUUAUCGAGUUUGAUGAAGCAGCACAGUUGUUCUUGUCUGAACCACAACAAUCAUUGCCGUUUCCCUGCAUCAACUGCUACUUCUCCAUUUGCUCCACAACUCAAUAACCUAGAUUUAAAUUCCCAUAAAAGAGGUUGCCUUUUCAUGUCUCAACGUUUUGAAUCCACCAUAGCUGAAAAACAGUUUGCUUCGGUCCAAAAUGGUGAAGACAAUCAGGUAUUGGAUUUUCCAGGAGGAAAGAUUAUAUGUUCUCCUGAUAUGAGGUUUUUAUCCGAAUCUCCCAGUGCGCAUACCCACUGCUUCCGAGUGCUUGAUGAUAAUGGUCAGCUAAUUAAGCAGAGCGAUUAUAUACAGGUCAGUGAGGAAAUUGCUGUUAAAAUGUACAGUGACAUGGUUACUCUUCAAACUAUGGAUACCAUAUUCUAUGAAGCUCAAAGGCAAGGAAGAAUUUCCUUCUAUGUGACCACAAUUGGAGAAGAGGCCAUCAACAUCGCAUCAGCAGCAGCACUUACUUCAGAUGACUUUGUUUUUCCUCAGUACCGGGAACCAGGAGUUUUAAUCUGGCGUGGUUUCACCCUGCAAGAAUUUGCAAACCAAUGUUUUGGAAACAGAGCUGAUUAUGGAAAAGGCAGACAAAUGCCUAUUCAUUAUGGAUCUAACAAGCAUAAAUACUUUACUGUAUCAUCAACAAUUGCUACACAAAUUCCCCAUGCAGUUGGUGCUGCAUAUUCUCUGAAGAUGGACAAAAAAGACGCAUGUGUUGUCACUUACUUUGGUGAUGGUGGCACAAGUGAGGGAGAUUUUCAUGCUGCUUUAAAUUUCGCGGCAGUUACAGAGGCUCCAGUAAUCUUUAUCUGUCGGAAUAAUGGAUGGGCAAUUAGUACACCCACUUCAGACCAGUUUCGAAGUGAUGGGAUUGCUGUUAGAGGGCAAGCUUAUGGAGUCCAGAGCAUUCGUGUAGAUGGCAAUGAUGCACUUGCCAUGUAUAGUGCAGUUCACACUGCACGUAAAAUGGCAGUGAAUGAACACAGGCCAAUUUUAAUUGAAGCUGUUACAUAUCGAGUUGGACACCAUUCCACAUCAGAUGAUUCCACCAAAUACCGUCCUGCUGAGGAGAUCGAAUGGUGGAGAAUGGCGAGAGACCCUGUAACAAGAUUUAGAAAGUGGGUUGAAAGUAAUGGUUGGUGGAGUAGUGAGGCUGAGACCCAGCUCAGAAGCAGCAUCCGGAAUCAGCUAUUGCAUGCAAUUCAAAUGGCUGAGAAAGUUGAGAAACCUCCAGUUGAGGAAUUAUUUACAGAUGUAUACGAUGAUCUUCCAUCCAACCUCCGUGAGCAGGAGAAAUUGCUGAGAGAAACCAUCAGUAGACACCCGCAAGAUUUCCCUGCAGACGUUCCACAUUAGGCGAAGCAUAUACAAGCAGUAGUUUCUCUCUGAAGCUUGAACUUGUGAGUAAUAUUAAGCAGGCAUUGUUAUGAUAAAUUAUUAUAAUAACAGUUUCACCCAGUGGGAUUUGUACUCCUGUCUCUGGCCCCCCAUUAAAUAUAAAUAAGUUUUCUUUGAUCAAAACGCAUCGGACA